AAUUUUAAAUGGUGAUCGGAGUCAAUACCAAUAGCAACGGGUGCCUCAUGUAAUCUUCGGUGUCAUCCAAAAGCUACCAACCAACAUUCCUUCUUUCUCACGCACGCACAGGCACGCUCGCACGUGUUGUCCUCUGAUCUCCCUGAAAAACCGCAACACUAACUCAAACUAUUGAUCUCCCUGAAAAACCGCAACACUAACUCAAACUAUUGAUCUCCGUUUAAUUCCUUUUGAAUCUGAAAGAAGAAACAGACGGUGGCUUACGGUCAUCAAUUGCAGAGAUCUAUUAAGAUUCUGGAAUGGCAGCAAUUUACAGUCUUUACAUCAUCAAUAAAUCUGGUGGAUUAAUCUAUUAUAAGGAUUAUGGGUCAGCUGGACGAAUGGAUACCAAUGACAGCUUGCGGGUGGCAAGUUUAUGGCACUCAAUGCAUGCUAUCUCUCAGCAGUUAUCACCUGUUUCAGGUUGUUUAGGAAUUGAACUUCUCCAAGCAGAUACAUUUGAUCUUCAUUGCUUUCAAUCACUGACAGGGACAAAAUUUUUUGUGGUCUCUGAGCCUGGAGCACAACACAUGGAGAGUUUAUUGAAAUUUGUCUAUGAAUUGUACACCAACUACGUUUUGAAGAAUCCGUUCUAUGAGAUGGAGAUGCCUAUACGUUGUGAGCUCUUUGAUAUCAACCUAACACAGGCAGUACAAAAGGAUCAUGUCACAUUUUUGGGCCGAUAAAUUGAUAUCUGACCGUUUUCACAUUUCUCUAUUCUGAUCAGUACAUAAUCUAAAAAUUGUCAUUCAAUUGCUUGUAAGAGAUCGUGUUACAGCUCCUAGCCUUUGUAUUUGCUUUUUACAAACAAAUCAAGAAUUACUAUAUCUGAGAAAAGACAACUUUUCCGGCAUCCGUUACAAGCAAUGCUUUUCAUAUGGUAGUAGUUGGAAAUAGCCUGUAUGCCUGCAUAGAUUGAUUACCUUGGCGUAUGUAUGGUUUGAGGAUUAUAUGUGGAUGUAAUUAUUUUCCCUUGGCGUUGGGUUCUUGCA